GAAUAAGAAACAAUCAAAAACUACUGUGAAAAUUACAUCUCAUCCUUUAAGUGGCCUUGACCGGGUUUACGGAUUAACCGAUCCGUUACAAGUCGAAUUCUAACACUUUAUAUACGAUAUAGCAGAACAGUACAGAACAAAACAAUCAUUUACCGCUUAUAGUCUACUUUUGAAAAUUUGUUGAAUCAAUUUCAUUUAUUACGAUCCUAUAAUCAAGUGCGAUUAAUACAACGUAUCCAAAUACAAGUGUGAUGUCAAUGUCCUAAAGUAGAUAAGUUCCGUCUCACCGACAACUAAACAAACAUCACACCUCAGCCAUACAAAAAAAAUCGUUAAUAGCCUAUUUUUAUCAAUUUUUGUAGAACAUUGUAUAAUUUGCGUUUAUUAAUUAGAACCCUUCAUACCAGACAUCCGUUAAGAGAAAUAGAAAGUAUUUCUCUAAACUAAACAUUCUACUAUUCUACAUCCCGUUACUACUUUUUGGUUGUUGUAGCAGAGCAGCAUCUCAGAUCAGAUCCAUAGAAAUAGGACGGUUUGUGCGAUCGCGAAAUGUCUGGAAGCAAAACCGAACAAUAGAUCGGUUGUUUUAAAUUGUUUGACGUCGUUGUUAUGGUGUUAUAAUUGUUUUUCGACUAUAUAAGACAACGCGUAAACAAGCAAAAUUAUCAUUAUUUAUCUGUAAGUCGUUCCGAUCUUCAGUCAAGUUCGUUAUCAGCAAUUUUGCUUCGAAAAUGAAAGCCGUGUACGUUCUUGCUAUCGCGCUGACCCUUGCUGUGGCCACACAGGCAGCUCCGCAAUUACCCUUUACCCUGCUUUCUGCGUUGUCAGGCACGAUCACAAGGUUGGUAACCCAAAUCACGACACUACUGAACAGUGUUCUCGCCGCGGCUGGAGGAACCACUCAGUCCGUAUUAUCCUCAGUAGUGACAAAUGCACUGUCUUUGCUGUACGGGUUGACCAACGCCACAAUCUCGUUGUUUGCUGCUCCGACGGGUGUCUUGUCCACCGUUAACGCGUUGCUGUCGAAUGCGGCAGGUCUAAUCGCAACCGAAAUUGAGAAAGCGGGAACUACGCUUGCAACAUUGGUACCGGCCCUUGCAAACGUUCAGACCAUUCUGACCACGCUCGUUAACAACCUUCGUGGGCUCAACGCAACGGCUCUUGCGCCACUACAGUCCACGCUGACACAGCUGGCCAACACGCUCGGCGCUGCUGUAACUCAAAUUUCGGGCUAAGUGAAAGGAUACGACCAGCAUGCUAAUGAUCAUGGAACAAUGUUCCCAAUAAAUGUUCGCAACAAUACAAUACUGAUUUGCUUUAUUACAU